UCGACGGCGCUCUGUCCAACAUGCGAUGGUGGCGAGAUAACGGAGGUGAGGCCGGACAACAGCAGCAUCAGUCACCCCUGCUAGGGCCGUUAGACAAGCUCCGGCUUGAGCUGGACGAGGUGUGGCCGGAGGGCGCGAGCGUGAGGAAAAACGAGGCGGGGAAGGCUUUCCUAGCCGGGGUGGCGAGGGUCAUGCGGGGCCCCACCAGGUACGUCGAAGGUUUCAUGCACGUCGACGAGCUCGCGCCCAUGGUCGAGAGCAGGGGAACCUUCAGCGCCAACGUUUACUUGAAGGUCCCACCCACGGGAGGCGAGCUCGCGGUGUGGCCGUUGGCGGUGCGGUCUCGCUGGGACUUCUUCCGCCACGCGGAGACGCUGUCGCAUCUGACCGUGCAGGGAGAGGAGGGGCAGGCGUUGCUGCGGAGAAAGCUGCCCCCCCCCCGGGUGAUCAAGGUGGCGCCGGGGGACCUGGUUCUUCUGUGCGUCCAGCGGCCGCACGCUGCCCAAGGUUUCCCCAUGGGGACGCGGGUUAGCGUGCAGUCCUUCUUGACGUUCGAGAAGGGCAAGGCGUUGUUGCUGGAUAACUAG